AACACUGCUGCCCCGCAGUGUUGUCGCAAAAAUAUUGACAGCGUGACAGUCGUAGAGAAAUUAUGCAAAACUCAUUUACGUUAGUCGUCGCAUCUCUCUACCUGCAAUGAAGAAUCACGACCAUUGCCGUGACUUAUAUUAUUGAAUGUGUUUUGUGCAAGCCGGUGGACACUUCUCUGUCUUUGAAGAUGGAUCCAGUGGUGCUGAGUUACCAAGAUAGUCUCCUCAGAUGUUCAGACCUGGCUCUGCUGGAAGGCCCCCACUGGCUGAACGACCAGGUCAUCGGAUUCGCCUUUGAGUACUUUGCCACCGAGCCCUUCAAGAGCCUGAGCGAGGUGGCCUGCUUCAUCAGCCCGGAGGUGACGCAGUUCAUCAAGUGCGCCUCCAGCCAGGACGAGCUGGCCCUGUUCCUGGAGCCCCUGGGGCUGGCGUCUCGCCGCUGGGUCUUCCUGGCCGUCAACGACAACUCCCACCAGAGCGCGGGCGGCUCCCACUGGAGCCUGCUGCUGUACCAGCGGGAGGAGAACCGCUUCAGCCACUACGACUCGCAGAGCGGCGGCAACGCCCUGCACGCCCGCCGCAUCGCCGCCAAGCUGGAGGCCUUCCUGGGCGCCGGCGGGAAGGUGCAGUUCAGCGAGGAGCCGGCGCCCGCGCAGCAGAACAGCUACGACUGCGGCAUGUACGUCAUCUGCAACGCCGAGGCCCUGUGCCAGCUGGCCAAGCAGGAGGGCGCGCCUCACCCCCUCACCCAGAUCACCCCCUCCUACAUCACGCAGAAGAGGGCCGAGUGGUGCAGGCUCAUCCACAGACUGGCCAAGCAAUGACCCCCCCAUGGGGACCCCCCCACCCCCACCCCGAAACAGAUCCGGCUCCUGACCUCUGACCCCCCCCCCCCCCCAAACCUUCCCUUCUCAGCGCAGUCAGCAUGAGCCCUGAGAGUCAAGAGACGCCUUAACACAUUCAUUGACUUAAAAUUCUUACACAGUAUUUAUUUAUCGAGCAAAGUUCAAAAGCAUCAACUAUAUGCCUCAUACUUCAGUAUUAAUUUGGUACCCAUAAUACAUAUGACACACAUAGAUAACAUGUAUAUAUAUAUAUAUUCUAUAUUUAUAUAUAGAAUAUAUAAAUCACAAAAUUGUAAAUGGCUUUUGAUUCUGGUUAACACUGAUGAAUGACAACUGGUUUCUCAAUGCCAUGUUCUGUGCCAAAGCAGAGGGUACAAAAAAAAGUACAGGUGCCUCAAAUUUACUUGUGUACAGCAGUCUUCAUUCAUGAACUGCGUAUGAAAUAUUAUGAUAUCCAGAGUGUAUUUUCUAGAUUCAGAGAUGCAGUAAAAAAAUGAAAAUGGCUACCUAAUGUAAAAUCUGUAAAAUAUUGAUAAUCUUUACGUUAUUUAAACAUGCCUGCAUAUCUAAGGCAAUUCACCUGCAGCAUAGAAACUUGAUGUACAUUUGAAAGGAAGAGCAAUGAAAAAACUGCAGAAUUAAAACUGCAGUCAGUCAUUUGAAUGGACAGUAUUGGACAGUAUUGGACAUUGUUUUGCAACAAACAAAAACUGAAGACGCACAUGGAAUAAAUUAACUUUUUUUAAAAGGUCAAAUUGCAGCUUGGGACAGAAUAUAUUGUUUGGUAUUGUUACCCACUUUAAACUGGGAAUUCUGGAGCUCGAUUGCAGUUAGAGACUGCAAUGUAACAGAAGACUGAAUACUAUCACAAGUAAACUUGCAUAUCGGUCAUUGGGACUCAAGACUGGUAGUUUUUGUUUUCUGUAUGGCCAAAGAAAACAGGGGGUCAGUGAUGGGUGAUUUUGAAAAAUGCCACCCAUAAGCUGCCAAACAACAGCAAGCCUUGAAGGUGAAAAGGUUUGUUUGAGGCCACAGUCGCUGGGAAGCGGUUCGUAUUCUUAUGGCUGCAUCGCUGUUGCUUUAAGCUAACGCUUGUUAGACGUUUACAAAGAUUUUUGCUCAGGGUUGCUUCUGAAGAAUUACAAUGUAAACAAAAAGAAUGUCUUUUUUAUGUUGGAAAAAUGGAUUAUCCUCUUAAUAUAGUGGUAAUGUGGCAGUGCGCAUUCUGUACAUGUUCAUAUAAACAGUGAGUGAGUGGUAGAUUUUCCAGCUCUGUGAAACUUGUCUGAACAACAUAUUUUUGAAAGAGUAAUCAUGUCUGCAGCCAGGCGUAUCUGCCCAGAGAGAAACAAGACUGAGAACACAUCUUGAGAAAUGAGCUUGGGGGGGGGCAUUGUUACAAAAAAACAAUGAACGGCAGGUUUCAUUACAUAAUAGCCACAGGGAGAAGGGGCCAAGACUAGGGGGAAAACACACUUGUCCUGUAUGAGAGAGAGAGAGAGAGAGAGAGAGAGAGAUGGAGAGAGAGAUGGAGAGAGAGAUGGAGAGAGAGGGGGAGAGAGAGAGAGGGAGGGGGAUCGUUUCGUGGAUUGUUUCUGCCCAGGUCACUACCUUUUGAAGUCCUGUUUUUUUCCCUUUCUCGCAGUUCUGCACAUGCUCUUGCUUGUUGAAGCUGCUGGUUAUUUUCCGUUUCAAAGCGAGCAGGGGCGCCGUGUCGUUACGCACAUCACAGACCUAUUUCAUCUGAAGAUGCUGUAACAUAGUCCAACUGUGUAUCCACAAUGGGGUGUCGAAGGUGUAAUGUUAAAUCGUAAAAUACAGGUCAUACAUUUAUUUUGGGAAAAGGAAGGUGUGAAUUUAUAUCAGCGUAUCUAUAUUAUACUGGGCAUAAAUGUCCGGUUCCUCUGACAUAUUGGGGUAACCUGCUUGCUUUCUUCCUCUCCAGGGAAAUCUAUAACAGCCUAGCAUUUGUACGCAGUUCCUUCUCACGCUAGAUCAAUUUAAACUAAUGGGUGGACGACCUGAUCUCGUCUUGACUGGAGGCAUGACUGUUUGAUGGGCUUAUGGAAGUGAGAGAAAAAUGUCAUUGUUCACUAUUCAAUGUUAAUGCAUUUUAUGGAUAUAUUUGCAGAAUAAAUGCCAACAGCGCAUGAUUCCCAGUCGACUCUCA